AUGGAUGAAGAUGGGCUUGAAUUGCAGCCACAUGAGCCAAAUGCAUUUUUUGAUCCAACAGGAGCUGAUGCAGGACAUAUGGACGGAGAUCAGAUUGUUGUGGAAGUACAGGAAACAGUAUUUGUUUCAGAUGUAGUCGACUCAGAUAUAACCGUGCAUAAUUUUGUUCCUGAUGAUCCAGAUUCUGUAGUAAUCCAAGAUGUCAUUGAGGAUGUUGUUAUCGAGGAUGUUCAGUGCCCAGAUAUCAUGGAGGAGCCAGAUGUAUCUGAAACUGUCAUUAUUCCUGAACAAGUGCUGGACACAGACGUAGCCGAAGAGGUUUCUUUGGCUCAUUGCACUGUCCCAGAUGAUGUUUUAGCUUCUGACAUAACAGCAGAAGCAAUGUCUAUACCAGAACAUGUACUGACAAGUGAGUCAAUGCAUGUACCUGAAGUUGGACAUGUAGAACAUGUAGUUCAUGAUAAUGUUGAAGAAGCAGAUAUUGUCACUGAUACUCUGGGAACAGAUGUUGUUUCUGAAGAAGUCUUGGUGGCAGACUGUGCAUCAGAGGCAGUGAUCGAUGCCAAUGGAAUCCCUGUGGAACAUCAAGAUGAGAAGGGCAACUGUGAAGAUUACCUUAUGAUUUCCUUGGAUGAUGCUGGUAAGAUAGAACACGAAGGUUCUGCUGAAAUUACCAUGGAAGCAGAGUCAGAAAGUGGCUCUUGUAAAGUGGAUGGCAUUUGUCCAGAAGUCAUCAAGGUCUAUAUAUUCAAAGCAGAUCCUGGAGAAGAUGAUUUAGGGGGCACAGUAGACAUUGUGGAGAGUGAGCCAGAGAAUGACCACGCAGUUGGAUUACUUGAUCAAAAUAGCAGUAUUCGUAUUCCAAGGGAGAAAAUGGUUUACAUGACUGUAAAUGAUUCUCAGCAUGAAGAUGAAGACUUAAAUGUUGCAGAAAUAGCUGAUGAGGUUUAUAUGGAAGUGAUUGUAGGAGAGGAGGAUGCAGCAGUGGCCCAUGAACAGCAAAUUGAUGACACUGAAAUUAAAACUUUCAUGCCCAUAGCUUGGGCAGCAGCUUAUGGUAAUAAUAAUGAUGGCAUUGAAAGUCGGAAUGGCACUGCAAGUGCUCUUUUGCACAUAGAUGAGUCAGCUGGACUUGGGAGACUGGCUAAGCAAAAACCAAAGAAGAAAAGGAGACCUGAGUCCAGGCAGUAUCAAACAGCAAUAAUCAUUGGCCCUGAUGGUCAUCCGUUGACAGUCUACCCCUGCAUGAUUUGUGGAAAGAAAUUUAAAUCUAGAGGUUUCUUGAAAAGGCACAUGAAAAACCACCCGGAGCACCUUCUUACUAAGAAGAAAUACAGAUGCACAGACUGUGAUUACACUACAAAUAAAAAAAUAAGUUUACAUAACCACUUGGAGAGUCAUAAGCUGACCAACAAAACAGAAAAGCUUAUUGAGUGCGAUGAGUGUGGGAAAAGCUUCUCUCAUGCAGGAACUUUAUUUACUCACAAGAUGGUGCACAGGGACAAAGGAGUUAAUAAAAUGCACAAGUGCAAAUUCUGCGAUUAUGAGACAGCAGAACAAGGGUUACUGAGUCAUCACCUUUUAGCUGUCCACAGCAAGAACUUUCCUCAUAUUUGUGUGGAGUGUGGCAAAGGAUUUCGCCAUCCGUCAGAGCUCAAGAAGCACAUGCGAAUCCACACUGGUGAAAAACCCUACCAGUGCCAAUAUUGUGAAUACCGAUCUGCCGACUCUUCUAACUUGAAAACUCAUGUAAAGACUAAACACAGUAAGGAAACGCCAUUCAAGUGCGAUAUUUGUUUCCAGACUUUUUCAGAUACCAAAGAGCUACAGCAGCAUACGCUUAUGCAUCAAGAAAGUAAAACACAUCAGUGUUUGCAUUGUGACCAUAAGAGCUCAAACUCGAGUGAUCUGAAACGACACAUAAUUUCAGUCCACACAAAAGACUAUCCUCAUAAGUGCGAUAUGUGUGAUAAAGGUUUUCAUAGGCCUUCGGAACUGAAAAAACAUGUGGCGGCUCACAAGGGUAAAAAGUUGCACCAGUGCAGACAUUGUGACUUUAAGAUUGCAGAUCCGUUCAUUCUGAGUCGCCACAUACUCUCAGUUCACACAAAGGAUCUUCCAUUCAGGUGCAAGAGAUGUAGAAAGGGCUUUAGGCAACAAAACGAGCUGAAAAAACACAUGAAAACACACAGUGGCAGGAAAGUUUAUCAAUGUGAGUACUGUGAGUAUAGCACUACAGACGCCUCAGGCUUCAAACGGCAUGUUAUUUCCAUUCACACAAAAGACUACCCUCACCGUUGUGAGUAUUGCAAGAAAGGUUUCCGAAGGCCCUCAGAGAAGAACCAGCACAUUAUGCGGCAUCAUAAAGAUGUUGGGCUGCCUUAAAGUCUCUUUCACAGACUUAUGGCUGGAAUUAUAAAGGAAUUUUGCCUUUCAGGCAGUUAGCUUAUUUUAAAGCCAAUCACCUGCGAUCACACACAAAAAAACCAACAAAAAAAAACAUACUGUGCGUUUGAUUUGUUGCUGUAUAAAAAUAGGAUUAUUGCUUCUAGUUGACUUUUAUACCUUUUGUUCAAUAGCGUGUUCUGAAUUCUAUUCAGUUUGUUUAAUAAAUGAAGAAAAGAUGGCAACAAUAAAGUUGCAUUUAAUAAAGUAAACCCUGUCUCUUACUGAGUUUUUCAACCGUAAUAGUUCAUUUAAGUAUAUUUAUCUUACUGACCUCGUUGAUACUCACAGUGUCCAUGUUAAUGCAGUUUUGUCGUGAAUUUUAAAAAUAUGAAAUUUCUCUUGAUAAAAUUGUCAGAGGUGUGUAUGAAAUGGGGAAUUGUGAUGCUGAAGAUAAAGUCGCUAGGGUCCAUCUGAUUGUCUUGUUUUGACUAUACAGACUUUGUGGCAGGUUAACUAUUUUCCAUUUGAGGAGUUACACAUAUAACUAUUGCGGAAAACUAUUCUGCAUUUUAAUUCAGGUUUCAAACGUAAAAAUUUUUAAAAAGUGGUUUGGGGCAUUUGUGUUAUCUUUCUUUGGCAAAUUUGAAAGUAUGCUCAAAUAUUCUGUUAUUGUUCUGUGCUUCUUUGUCUUUGAAAGGUUUUGCCUGUUACGAAAUGAGUUGGGUUUUUUUCAAUUUACUGCUGUCUUAAUGUUGGGAACAUAAAAUACUAUUGUUCCAUUUGCAGAGUUAAUAGAUCACAACUGUCUGUACGUGCUGGUAAACGUACCUCAAACUUAAUGCUUUUGUGUAUAUUAGUAUUUCUUUGAAGGAACAGUUUGCGGUUCAAGUCACAUUUUUAUUGUGAAUUGUUUAAAAUUUAAGACCAAGAGGUGCCUCAAUUUUGGAAAUGAGAGAUUUACAGUGAGAGCUUCAGAGGGGAUGGAGCGGAGCAGAUGCAUUCAUAAGGAGUAGAGAUGUUUUAAUGUAGAUAU